CUUGAAGCAAUUUCAAGUUCUCCUUCCUUGCUCUUCAGCCAGAGACAACCACUGCUGUCUCUGGGGGUUUGGCUUCCACACCCUUGGGAACCCGGAAUCGGAUCAUCCUCAGCCAGGGAGACGUCAGCAUCAGAUUGAUCCCCGAUUUAGGAGGUUUCGCCAUGGGCCGUCCAGGAUUCCCUGUCCUCCAUGUUCUUCUGGGCUUGGCUUGGGCACAGCUGGGAGCUGUCCAAGCCCAGAGAGACUGUGGCAGCUGCUACCAGCUCAACCCAGGCACCAUUGCCGGCGUGGUGCUGGGAGAUCUGCUACUGACUUUGCUCAUUGCAUUGGCUGUAUACUAUGUGGCUGCUUGCAUAUAUCAACGCCAAUCAGCUGGAGACCUAAAGAACCCUCCACAUGAAUCCCCAUAUGAGGAGCUCCAAGUCCGUGGAGUGGAUAUUUACAGUGACCUCAAAAAUCCCGGCCCUGGAACCUACAAAUAGUCUUCCUUCUCUGUGCUGCUCUUUUGAGCUUCUACGUACAGUGGUACCUCAGGUUACAUACUCUUCAGGUUACAUACGCUUCAGGUUAAAGACUCCGCUAACCCAGAAAUAGUGCUUCAGGUUAAGAACUUUGCUUCAGGAUGAGAACAGAAAUCGUGCUCUGGCGGCGCGGCAGCAGCGGGAGGCCCCAUUGGCUAAAGUGGUGCUUCAGGUUAAGAACAGUUUCAGGUUAAGUACAGGCCUCCGGAACGAAUUAAGUACUUAACCUGAGGUACCACUGUACAAGAUUGCUGUUCAGUUUCUCCUCUUCAGCAGGCCUACUCAGAAGUUGUACUUUAAGGAAAGCUUUCUAACUGUGAACUUUCAUUUGCUUCUCAAUAUAGAACUUCCUCCACAGA